AAAAAAAUAAAAAGUCCUAGGAUAAUGGAGACGGGUGCAACCACUGUUAUAGGCAAUUUAAUGUAUAUCUGUAAUCAACGAUAAACCAUUGCUAACGAAAAACGAUUCUGAGCGCAGUACAGUUGAUGGUGAUACUUUGUCAACAAUAUAUAUAUAUAUGGCAUGAUAAAAAAAUAAAAUACUCAUUAUUUACUAUCUUUAAUAAUAUUUGUUUAAAUUCGAAAACUCUUGAGAAAAUCUAAAAAUUGUCUUCUUAAAGUACCUUUCCAAUCAGAUUUUCGUUCAGAAAAUGUGCUAUCAUUUCAAAUUGGAGCGAAAUUGCUAGUAGAAAAAUUAUAUACAGAAAAAAAGGCCAUAGAAUUUUUUUAUUAAUACCUACAUUUCGUAUAUUUUCCGUUUUCCGUCAUUUUAUCCCGGUUUCAUCCAGACAUUAUAAAAAUCGUUUGAAAAAUCAAAAAUCGACUUCUCAAAAUUACCGUAGAAAUAAAAUUUCCUUUCAGAAAAUAAGUUACACUUGAUACAUCGGAGUAUGGUUUCUGGUAGGAAAGUUUGCACAACAAAUCGAGGGGAAUUUUGCGAUUAAAAUAAUCCGAGGGAGCGAUGACUUGGGUCUCUAGGUACAUCAAAAUUACAUAUGUUUUCUCUUUAUUUAGAUAAAAUAUAAAAACAAAUGCAAACAAUUUUAAAUUUGACACAUUGGUUUGAACUUGGAACCCCUAGGAUUGAAAUAAGCAUAAAUAACAAUUUGUUCACGACAAAUGUGCUUGAAGAUAUAGAGUUAUUAAGAGCAAUAUAGAAUUAUUUAACAUAACAUAUAAUACCUGCAUAAUAUCAGAACUUCAAAAAGCUAUAAUUUCGAAACUUAGUCCGCUUAAUUUUGACUUCAUCAUCGUUCUUAAAUCAGCAAUACACAUGUGUUCAAUGGUCGGAAAACGAGGGGCCCGGGUCGGAGCAGUUUAGUCUGGUCAAUAAAAUCCGGUCAGAAAAUUAGAGUCUCCCCCUUAUGAAACAAUAAACGGCCUAUUAACAGUACUAUCAUAAUAAAAGUAAUCGCGUAACUGCGGCGGAUUUAAUAACACUCAUAAGCAUGUACUAAAUUGUGUACAAUUAGUCAAUUAAUAAUGGUAAAAGUUAUUCAGCCUCGCGAGGCGCACAUAGAGAGCACCACGGGCACCCGUGACAUUUGACAAUGUUGACGCGCCGUGUACCGCACUACCGCAGACGAUAGAAAUAUAGAAUGUCUGCGACGGCGGGUUAUGAUGGGUUAGUUGAUUACUGGUAGUCUGGUUAGCUUAGGUCGUCGGGUGACCGUGUUCGGAGUAGGCACAGAGUAUUUCCCUGUGGACAAAUGGUGUUGCGAGAAUGGACGAAAAAACCGUACCGAAAUUUACGAAUAAUAUUUUCCAUGAUGAUCCAUCGAUGACUUUCGGUUAGCGUCCUAGGUCCCGUCCCCUCCCCGCCAAGGCGUCGCCGUGCACACUGCCACUGUCAGCCCGUCCAUCUAAGCUAGUUUCAGCGUCGACCGUUUUUCGUCAUUUGAAAACGAUUUUUUUUUUUCUCUCAAUAAUCAAGUACAAAAAUUGAUUACCAGGCAUUCGAAAACAGUUUCGUGUACCCCUUCAAAAGUGAGUUUUGAUUUUCGUAUUCACUCGUGUUUUAAAAAAAUAUAUAUAAAGAAAGAUACUGUAUAGUAUUCCUGUUUAAUGUACGUACCUAUUUUUCAUUUUGUAAUAAACGCGGUUAAUCCGACGAAAUAAGCGAGCUAGGUAUCUAAUUGGAUUAGAUAAGUAGACGGUAGUCUUGAAAAAUGGGAAAUCAAAAUAACUGAUUCGUAAUAUUCUAUUUUAGCAUUCCAUGUGUCAUGACACCAGUAUGCAAUAAUGAACGAAUUAACCGGUAGGUAAUAAUAAACGUGAUGUUGUCAAUCAUAAUAAACGUGAUGUCGUCAUUUACGCAUAAACCACUAGGUAUAUCACUCGAUAGAUAAAUAUAGGAAGGUACAGUGGCGGUCAAACGAGGGGAUAUAUUUAUCCCCCCCCCAUCAUCUAUUUUUUUUAAAUUUUUAUAAUAUACAGAGUGAUUUAAUUUAGUGAUUGAGAAAAUUGUUUAGCAUGUUCAACCCAUUUUUAUAGUAUAAUUAUGCAUAAAUUCAAAUUCUGAUUUUUGAAAUUGUUGAGCAUUGUGAAAGAAACGAUAUUUUUGAAUAUUUAGAUUUUUCAUAACAUUUAAGUAUCCCGUGGCGAUAACAAUUUUAGUUUUUAAAACGUGAACCUACACGUUUACAUGCUAAUUGCCAAUCGGAUUUUUCUCAAAAUGUUGACGUAUUGUAAUCGAAAAUUGAACACGUUAUUUUACUUUGAUUUAAACACUAUUCAAAAUAAGAAAUUAUUUAUGUACCUACAAUGAAAUAACCCUUAUCCAAUCCCCUUAAAAGGCUAUUAUUAUUCGUAGUAUUAAAAGCAGAAUAACUUAGAAACUUUUUGUUCAAAUUUCGAUAAUCAUAUGUCAACAUUUUCAGAAAAAUCAUUUGAUUAACAAUUUACAUCAAAAAAAGGCAGGACUCCAUUUGAAAAAACCAAAGGAUAUUAUUUAAACGUUGUGAAAAUUUAAGUAUUGUCGUUCACUGCACUUAAAAUUACAAAAAUCAAAAUUUAAAUCAGUGGCCUAUCCAAGGGGGGGGCAAUUUUUUUGUUUUUUUUUUUUUUUUGUAUUUAAGUGAGGUUUUUUUUUUCCAUGUUGUACUUACUGAAUUAUGUAUAAAGUUUGUUACAAUUUAUUUAUAUAAUGAGGUAGAUGAUACAUUUUUCACAAAUUAAACCUUACCUGUUUAAAUUUAAUUCAAUUUAAUUUUGACAAAACAACUUAAACAAUAUUAAUAUUAAUAUUUUUAUUAAAAUUCAUAAUUAUAGUUAGUUAAAUUAAAAUGAAGAACUCGUGCAUUUAUAAAAUUAAAUCCAUACAUUUUUUUUCUUUAGCAAAUCUGUUUAUAAUAUCAUCCACAUUUAAUUCUAUAUCUCUAUGGAUAUGUAGAAGCUCCAAACCAGUCAACCUUUCUUUGCCCAUUUUUGCCUGGAACCAGGUUUUCAAUCUAAUAAUAUUAAAUCUUGAAGCAAUCAACUAAAAACUGCAAAAUAAUUAUUAGUAAAAGUAAACUAUAAUAGUACCUACUAAGAAAUGCUUGAACAUAAAUGUAUUAUAAAACAACAGCUACCUAUUUAUUUAAAUGGCAUAAACACGCUUAAAUAUUUUUAAACGGUUUAAUACCAUUAUUUUUCUUCAAACUACAACCUCUUCGAAAUGUUAAAAUAAUCUAACCGGCGUAAGGUAGAAAAACUUCUUUCAGCUGAUGCAAUGCCUACAGGGCUAAGUACAAAGCAUAAUAGCAAACAUCUUACAAUUGGGUACCUAAAUAUUAGCAGCACAUUCAUCUAAGGCUGUAAAAAUGUUAUCAGAUUUAUUGCCUGAAAAAUGAAAGUAAAUAUUGAUUAUAUGUAUUGUACAAUCAUUACUAUAAUUUAGUGAUCAACAAUAUUUUAAAUACUAAUUGAUAAAAAAUGACUUUUAGAUGUUAAAUGUUUCCAUCUUUCUAAUCAUAAUUCCACCUCUGAGAUUAACAUUGACUUUGAAAUAUUUGGGAAAAAUGUAAUUUCAUUAAUAACUUCAUUCAUCUGAGGAACCAACUCUUUAAUAUUAUUCAAUCUAUAGUAUUUCUUGAUACAAAUUGCAUUAAUACUUGUAGCUUAUGAAUUAUGAUUAUCAUGAUUAAGAAAAAUUAUAAUAUUUAUAAUUAGUGAUCAAACCAGUUAGUUUUUACCACCAAACAUGGGCGCUAGUCUAUAUUUUUCAUAAUCAUUUUACCAGACACUAAUAUUACUUCAUUUGACCCAUCAGGACCAGCUCUCAUUAUAGCUUUUGAAUUUUGAUCGCUAAUAAUAAUUACACUGCACUUAAAAUAUGUGCAUAUAAUAUACAUUUGCAUACAGAAACUCGGCCCAAGGGGGGGAAAGACCGUCGCUCUCUCCCCCUCUCAAAUCCGCCACAUAAAUGUAUGCUUAAUUUAACUAUAAAAAUGAGGUGAGCAUGUUUAAAAAUCACCCUGUAUAUUAUACUCCACUGGGUUAACCUCUUAUUUUGCCUCUAAUAUUCCAAAAUUGUACAAAAGAAAAGUAUUAGUGUUAGGUGUAUGAGAAGCCAAUUAGAAAUAAACAAGAUUUCCUGCUGAAAGUUUUACCAACUUCCGAACUGAAUGGUUUCACCCAGUCAUUCCUGAUAACGCUGCUGAAUGUAUAAACAACAUGAAUAGGUACGGGUUCGCUGUAUCAUAUAUAUAUUAGAGUUUUUUCACCUUGGUUUUGGUCUUUUUAACCUCCCUCAGAUCAGUUCCAAUACAUAUAAAUAAUAAUCAUUAAUUUUAUUACAAUUAUCCACAAAUUAAGGUACAUAUGUAUAUCUUAAGAUAGAUACGUAUAUAUCAUGAAUAUCAUAACGGACUAUUAACAAUUUGAUAUUGUACUAUAUUAUUUUGAUAAUCAUAGUAACAAGGUUCAUUAAUAUCACAAUUAAAGAUAAUGUACCAUUUUAUACUAUUUACGAUUAUAAUAUAAUAUAAUUAUGACUAAAACUUCAAUCACAAUUAACAAACUAUAGUACAAAAUGAAUACAGUAAAUAUGUUUAUUAAAUUAUUGUAUUUUAUUCAAGAAUAUUUAGCAUUAUUAUUAAAAAAAAAAACAAUUGUCUGUGAUGACACGAAAUAAAAAACUAAUAAAAUAAUUACUGUAUAUUCGCUGAUUCCUUGUCCAUCCAGAUACCCCCAUGUGUUAAAAAAUUUAAAUGCCUUCAUUAUUAAAAUGAUAUUGACAUACAUGAGUUUUCUCCAGAUGUGACACCUAAAUCUCUCUCCCGUUUAAACUUUAAAGGAAUUUUCUUUGGUACCCCAAACGUACUAGUUUUUAAACUUUUAUACGAUAAAGAACACGACAUGAUUUUUCAUGAAAAACACAAUACCUAUUUCAACGUGAAAAUACUUUUGAACGUGCGUACAUUUUUUUUUUUUUUUUUAAAACGCUAAAAAUAAUAAUUACAUCCUAGAUUCGCUUAUGGUUGUAUCUCUAGUCGUGUUCGUAAUGGUUGUGUGCUUUUGAAUUAAGCGGGAAUACAAUAAUUUCACAUAAUAUUAGUAAUUUAUUGUAAUAAAACAUUAUUUUCACGGACAGAGAGUGCACCAAGUUGGUUAAGCAGCUGAGAGCAAUUUCAAUUGUAGCGUGUGUUAACGCUUAUAACAUGGCCCGUCGGGCCACCAGUAUAUUAUUAUCUUUAAUUGUGAUUAGUAUUAAUCCACUUUGCGUAGUAACCAUAUUUGAUAAUGUAAGAAUGGAUAGGUCACUCCUAUAUUAAUAUAAUAAGGGACCGAGUUCCGAAAUGCGAAUGAGACUCAAUCACACAGCAACGGGUUUUAUCAUUAGUAUAUUUAUAGCACAAUGACAACAAAUCAAUCAACGUAUUUGUAUUCGAAUUUUUUUUCAAAUAGGUAUUUUAAUACAAUUUUAUAUCGUGUUAUUAUCGUAUUUUUCACAAAAUUAGAAAUAUUGAAGUUUAAAGAUGAUAUAAAAGAAAAUCGUACCACGGCUAAAUUAACGAAACUUAGAAAACAUUUUAGACAUGAAUAAAUUGAAUUGAGUACUUACUAUUAUUAUACCAAAUUUUCAUAAACCUGAGUUGUGGUUUAUACACAUAUACAAUUUUUUUUCUUAAUUGUGUAUUAUAUAGGUAUAUAAUUAUUAAUUAUAAUGUAAUUAAAAUGUUCUUAUCAAAAUAUUAAUACAUAAUAAAUAAUGAUUAUAUAUGAUUUUAAAGCACUAAUUAAGUUUAACUAGCUUAAUUCAUACUAAAUAAAAGUAAAAUGAAUUAUGAACUACCUAUUGAUUAUUUUUGAUCAAAUUUACAAUUUUAUUGAUAAACCCCUUGUAACCUCAAAUUAUAAACAUGUUCUGUGAUAAACUCUCAUGGCUUACCUAUUCUUAUAUUAUCUAUUGUAACCUAUUUCACGUCUAUGUGAAUAGGUCAGUAUUGCAAUAAAUAGAGGAUACUAAUUUAUCUAUACUCUAAAAUAUAUAAUGCUGCAACCUAGUGGACAAUGGGAAAAACAUAAAUAGACCAAGACAGCGUUAAAUAUUUAAAUUCUUAACAAAAUAGAACUAUUUCCAUUAUUUUUAAAUUUUAUUGAGUUAGGCCACUAUUGUGUAGAGUGCUUCAAUUAUAAUAAUGAUUUGAAAUGUUGGUAGAUGCACUAAUUAAAAUAAUUGAAUAUACCCAUAUAAUUUCUUAUUUACUGUUACAGAUAUGUAAAAAUAAAAAUGUUAUAAUCAUUCCAGUCUCCAUAUCAUUUGAAAUUUUUUCCACAAAAAAUGGAUCAAGAUAAAAAGUAAUAUUGUGUUGAAUAAUUAUGUUUAUUAAACACUAAAUACAUAAUAAUUUAAUAAUAUUAUAAUAUAAGUACUUGAGACCAUAAACACACUAUACAAUACAUCCUGUUGAUAUAUUGUUAUAAUUUGCAUAAACAGUUUAUAUAAAUUUUAACUUUUAUUUUUAAAUAGUGAGUACCUUCUAUAUUAUUUUCUUCAAUAAUGUAUUCUGCAGAUUGAAUAAUCUCCCUCAUCAAUUAUUUGCACUUUCCCUAAUAAUUUUAGAAAACGUAUUGGGACCUGUUUUACGCUCAACACAGGUGUUUAAUAUCCUAAAUUGUAUUACUAUUAAUACUAUUCAUUUAUAUAGUAAAUUAACAUAUAAUAUAAUAUAUAUUUUAAUUUUAAUUUUAUAUUGGCAACUAUGUUUUGAUUGAGGUUUUGGUGAAUUUCUUAAAAAUUAUUACUUUGUUAAUUUACAUGGUAGAGUGUUACAGAAUUUUUUUAUUCAUUAAGUAUUUUUCUUAUAAUAUUGUGUUAGAGGUUAAUAAUGUUCCCCAAUUUUUUUUUUUUUUUUUUUUUUUGCAGAUUUAUUAGGAUCACGAGCAUUGUUUUUAAGAAAAUAUUGUAGUUUUUGUUGUAUAAAUAAUAAUUUUUACAUUAUUAAAUCAGAAAUUAUCAGAAGUAAAAACAAGUACACUACUUUUUUUCAAAUUAAUUAUUCAAAAUUUUAGCACUCAUUCGGGCCUUUAAAAGUAAAUAGUUUUGGAUAAUUUUGAUAAAUCAAUACCAUUAAUCUUCACUUAAAAUUAUCCAAAAUAAAAUUAUUUUUACAACUGUUAUAGAAUGAGUAGGUAUGGAAUAAAUAUGAAAAAAUAAGAAAUAAUAAUCAAAAAUGUUUUUAAAUGUAAAUCAAAAAAAUAUUGUUGAAUAUAACAAAUCUUACAUUUAAUAUAUUUAUGUUUUGUCAAUUUUAAAAAUCUUCAUCAUAGAUUUUUUUGCUUGUGGUAUUUCUUUUCUGUGCAUUGCUACCUCUCAUUCCACAAAUCAUUAACUAAUUCCAACUUUGAACAAUUCUUUUAGUUUUUCUUAUAUUAACUGUUUUACUCAUAAUUAAUAUUGUUUAUUGAAUGCCGCAAUUUCAAAAACAAAUAUUAUAAAACCUUUACACAAACACAAGGUAUAGUUGAUGUUUGUAUCAGAAUUUAUGCUAAAAUUGUUAAGUAACUAAAGUCUGAUUAUUUGAGUAACAACACAUACAAUUUUAUUAGUUAUCCAUUAUAUAACAUAAAUAUAACACUAUAGUCGCUAUAACACCAAUAUUAUAAUCAUUAAAUACACAAUUAAAAUUUCCUAAUUUUAAAUUUAUAUAAAUAUCAUAAAUUAAUUUAUGAUAUAAAUAUGUAUUUUCUUCUUAUUUAUUCCAUAAUAAUUGUAAAAAUAAUAUUAUUUAAAGUAGUGUAACUCCUUAUACAAGUAUAACCAUUAUCUUGAUAAGUAAAUGAGGUAUAAUCCAUUUUCAACCUCGAAAAAAAAAUAUUUCAGAAUAAUUAAAAGGGUUGAUUUAUCAAAAUUAUUCAAAAAAUAGUAGUAUACUUGUUUUUUCUUCUGAUAAUUUAUGAUAUAAUGGUUUUACCUAUAAAAUUAUUAUUCAUACUUAAAAAAUUGGGGGGGGGGUACAUUACACUGUAGAGAACACAAUAUCACGAGAAGAAAAAUAUUGAAUAUCAUUUUAAUUCUGUAACAUGAUAUUACAUAGAUGAUGAUCUGUAAAAUGUCUAUUUGUAAUGAAAUAACUAACAGAUAAAACCGAUAAUAAUUUUUAUGUUAUACAGGGCCGACGUGAAGGGUAAGGCAACUCAGACGGUCACCUAGGGUUCCAUUCUCAGGGGGGCACCGAAAUUGCUUUUUACAAUUUUACACAUUUGUGUCAGUAAUAUUAUUGUUUUGAAUAUAUAAAGUACCCAUAACUUAGUACUGAAACAUUGAUAAUUAUGAUUAUUUCAUUUAGUCAUAGAUUAAAAUAAUAUAAGUAUAUUUUAAGUAUACAUUCUAUGGUUUUGAAUAGAAUAUUUAUCAUAUAAUAUGUUACUCUUUAAAUAUAAAAAUUCCCGACAUUUGUUAUCGUUUAAUCGAUAACAAAUUAAUUUUUUAUUAGAUGAUAACAAAUAAUGUACAUAUUAAUUGUUGAAUAUAAUAUAUAAUUUUUUUUUAAUAUUAUGGUAUAGGUUUUUGCAUGAAAUUUCCUGGGGUGUCGUUUAGCCUUGUGCCGGCCCUGAUGUUACAUAUAUUUUUUUGAAAUUGAGUUGAUAAUAUAAGCACUAUAAUAAUAUAUUUAAACAAAUUAAAAAUAGGCAAGGGGGAUACGAAGAUGAAUUAUUAAAUAGUAAGUAUAUAAUAAGUAAUAAUAAAAUAAUGAAUAAUAUUUAAAACUUAUUUAAAUAUUUUAAAUUAACUAUUCAUAAUGUUAUUCUUUAUAUUAAUUAUGUUUUUUACAACUUAUUUAAUUUAUUAUUUUUUAGAGGUAUGCUGUCUCAGCCACAUUUCUCAUCCAAUUUAAUGAUUUCAAAAGAUAUACCUGUAACACCAAUUAACGAUGAAGAAAAUAAUAUUAUGUCUCUGCUGAAAAAAUUACCUCAUAUAACUGUUUUUAAAGUACCUGAAUCUCCUAAACCUAAAUCAAAUGUUUUUUUUGAAAAAAAUAUUUUGGCAAACAGGCGGGAAAAUAAUAUUGUCAAUGUAAAUACAUGUUUUAAUAGUAAUGUUCAAAAUCUAAAAAGGAAUUCAAAUAUUAAGCAAACUUUAAAAAGAAAACAAAAACAAUUAAAUGAUAAUAUCACAUUAACAAAUAAUGUUAAUAAAAUUAUUUCAAAGAAUUUGAAUACAACUCCUGAAAAAUACCCAAAGAAAAAUAAUCAAAAAACUAGUUCUCCUAAUGUCAAAAAAAUAAAAAAAUCAGAACCUGUUUCUAAGAUUGAGUUUACAGAUAUACAACUGGCAAAAGCAGAAACAGAAAGUAAUAAAGAAGUUAAAGCCAACAAAUUGGCUGUUAGUGAAGAUUUUAUAUUUUUGGAUUUAUCUACAGUGGGUCAAAACAAUUUAGUUUCAUCAUCUCCGACUUUAUCCAAACUUGAUCCAACUAAUGUUACCGAUACUGAAUAUACUAGUUUUGUCAUGGGUAUUGACCAUUCUCAACAUAGUAUAACGCAUUUAAAGACUGACCAAAAUAAUAAAGUGAAUGAUGUGGUGGAAAAUACAAUUGUUACAGAAAAUGAGACAUUUUGUAAUGACAGUAAACAAAAUAAUGAAGUAGAAAACAGUUUUGUGAUAAAUAACAUCUAACUUCUAUAAGAUAUACUAUCGUCAUAAUUCCUACCAAAUCAUAAACAGGAUCUUUUAGAUAUUAUGUUCAAUGAAUAUAUCUUCAACAGUGCAAUGUGGUUUUUUUUUUUAAAUUUUAUAGUAAACAUUUACUAUAACAUACAUAGCUAAAUUAAAAUUUGUGUAAAUUUUGAUAUAAAGUAUUUAUUAAAAAAAACAAUAAUUUGUUUGUCUACAAAUUAUAUUAAGUCCCUAGUUUGACAGUACUAUUUGUAUUUAUGUAAAGUAAUAAUUAUAAUAUUAUAGUAAUUAAAACAUUUGACUAUUCAAAAAUACAUAUAUUUUGGUAUUUAUACAAAAUGUACUGUAUAAGUUGCAAAGGCCU